AUGGAUUUUGCAAAGAGUUCCACAGAGGCUACUACUGUUAACAAAUCAUCACUUGCAUUGGUCCAUGUUGAUGUUGAUCAAUCUCAACCUCUAUCUGUUGCACCCAUUGUAUCUUCUUAUAAUGAAAAGAUACGUCCAGUUCUUGAUGCCCUUGAAAAUCUAAGGCGCAUCAACAUUGCCAAAGAAGGAAUACAGCUUCCAACUAUUGUUGUUGUUGGAGAUCAGUCUUCGGGAAAAUCCAGUGUCCUUGAAUCUCUUGCUGGUAUCAGCUUACCUCGUGGCCAAGAAAUCUGCACUAGGGUACCAUUGGUUAUGCGUCUUCAGAAUCACUCACUUCAACAGGCAGCGCUUGUGUUGGAGUAUAAUGGCAAGGAAGUUCCAACUGAUGAAGCAAAUGUAUCUGAUGCUAUAAACACAGCUACUGAAGAGCUUGCUGGAACUUCUAAAGGGGUUUCAAACACUCCACUAACUUUGAUCGUGAAGAAGAAUGGUGUUCCUGAUUUAACUAUGGUUGAUCUUCCAGGUAUAACUCGUGUACCCGUUCAUGGUCAACCUGAUAACAUAUGUGAUCAAAUUAAGGAUAUGAUUAUGGAGUAUAUAACUCCACCAGAAAGCAUUAUCUUGAAUGUUAUUUCUGCUAAUGUUGAUUUUGCUACUUGUGAGUCCAUUAGGAUGUCACAAACUGUUGAUAAAACCGGUUUGAGAACUCUUGCUGUUGUGACAAAAUCUGAUACAUCUCCUGAAGGUUUGUUGGAGAAGGUUACUGCCAAUGAUGUGAAUAUAGGUCUUGGCUAUGUUUGUGUAAGAAAUAGGAUUGGAGAGGAGACAUAUGAAGAGGCCAGAAAUGUAGAACAGAAGCUGUUUGAGUCUCAUUCACUUCUGUCCAAAAUAGACAAGUCUAUUGUUGGAAUUCCAGUAUUGGCUCAAAAGCUUGUUCAGAUUCAAGCUAAGGUAAUUUCGAAAACUUUGCCUGCAAUCAUUAAGAACAUCAAUGAGAAGCUUGCUUAUAGUUUACAUGAGAUGAAAAUUUUGCCUGCUAAUUUGUCUUCUUUGGCUGAUGCAAUGUCUGCUUUCUUGCUAAUUGUUUCUCUUUCAAAAGAUUCUCUUAGAAAGAUUCUUCUGAUAGGUGAAUUUGAGGAAUAUCCUGAUGAGAAACAAAUGCACUGUACUGCUCGGUUAGUCGAUAUGCUGAAUGCAUUUGCAAAUGAGCUUCAAAACUGUGAUGAAAGUAAUGCUACCAGAGAUUUUCUUAUGGAUGAGAUCAAUGUUCUUGAAGAAGCCAAGUGUAUUACUCUUCCAAAUUUCAUGCCAAGAACUGCUUUUCUGACAUUACUUCAGAGAAAAGUAAAGGGCAUUUCUCAUAUGCCAACAAAUUUUGUUGAUAGUGUUUGGAACUAUCUGGAAAAUGUUGUAACUUCAGUUCUGAGUCGCCACUCUGCAAACUAUUACCAGUUGCAGGUCUCUACUCGUCGAGCCGCGGUGCAUCUUACUGCUAAGAAGAAGGAGAAUUCCGUUAGACAUGUGAUGCAAGCUGUUGAGAUGGAGAAGCACACAGAUUACACUAGUAAUCCAGAGUACUUGCAGGAGUAUAACAAGCUGAUGUUGCAUCAACAAGUAUUUGUGAAUGGAGUUUUGAAUGUUAAUCGAACAUCAAGCACUGUGAAUCUUGAAGGGGUAGGUGACAUUGAAGUUAAUCAUCUGAGAAACUAUCAUAUUAAUGUUUUGACACAGGCCUUUGACUUGAAAGCAAGGUUUAUUUCCUAUUGGAAGAUUGUGCUGAGGAGGCUCAUCGAUGUUAUUGCUUUACAUUUGAUGCUUAGCAUCAAUGAACUUGUGAAUGUGGAUUUGCAGAAGGAGAUAUGUAAUGAAGUUGGUGGCAGUAUUGAGAGCCUACUUGAGGAGUCUCCUUCUAUUUCUGUGAAAAGAGAAAAACUUAGCAGGAGUGUUAAAGUUCUGAGGGAAAGCAAGGAGGCUGUGGCAAAAAUUAUGGACAAGAUUGGAGUCUAAGGUGAUAACUAGUAGCAUUGCUCAGUGUUUCUUAAGGAUUGAAGUCUUAAUUUCGUUAUUGUUUCUGUCUGUUUUGUUGUAUCAUGCUUCAUGCAUGAGCAUGUGGUCUUUGUCGUGUCUUUUUGUUAUCGGUUGGAACUUUUAUUAGUAUUCAGGUCUUGUGUUUA